AUGAUAUUUAAAUGGGUACAAAUCUUAAAAUAUCGUGCUAAUGAUGAUGAGGAAGAUGAUGAUGAUGAGAAUAAUGGGAAUGAUGAAGAUGAAGAUUUCAUUCCUCCAGAUGACGAAGGCUGUUCAUCUUCUGACGGAGAAACAUACUUAACAUCAAAAGAUCAGCUGAUGGUCAAGAGUUUCUCCUGCGCCACCUGUGGAAAAACACUGAGUUCAGAGGGUCAUUUAGCGAGACACGAGAAAACACACACAGAACAGAAAGACUUCACCUGUGGGAGAUGCAACAUCAGCUUUACUACCGCAGAAGAGAGGAGACUUCAUUCAAAAGAGCACAGCGGGAAGAAGGAGUUUCACUGUGAACAGUGUGGGAAGGGUUUUUUCAUUCAUUCUAGUCUAAAAGUUCACUUGAAGACUCACGGUGAAAAGUCUUUCCACUGCAGUGAAUGUGACAAGUAUUUCAGCACCAAAGGAAAUCUUGUUGUUCAUAAGCGAAUCCACACGGGAGAAAGACCAUACAAGUGUCCUCACUGUGAGAAGAGCUUCAAUCAUGGCUCUCAUCUGAAGAAACAUGUACGUGUUCACACCAAUGAGAGGCCGUAUCAGUGCAGUGAAUGUGGGAAAACCUACACAGACUCAAGCUCUCUAAAGUCACACCAAAGUAUACACUCAGGUGAGAAACCGUUUCAGUGCAAACACUGCGACAAACGAUUCCGUCACAAAUCCUUCCUGAUUUGUCACGAGAGGAUUCACACCGGUGAGAAACCGUAUCUGUGCUCCUACUGCGGGAAGAGCUUUUCUAGUCCAGUUUAUAUUGGACUUCAUAAGCGAGUUCACACUGGAGAAAAACCGUAUCACUGCAGCGUUUGUGGGAAGAGUUUCAGUAAAUUUGAUACUUUACAAAAGCACAAGAGGAUUCAUACUGGAGAAAGACCGUUCAAGUGUUCACAGUGUGACAAGACGUUUGCUCGAUCAGACAUCCUUAAGGUCCAUCAGCGAGUUCAUACAGGAGAGAAACCUUACUCCUGUUCCAUCUGCGGCGAGAGAUUCGCUUAUUUAGGUAGUUUUCAGACCCACCAGAACAAACACGCUAAAGAACAAACUGCUCCAGAAUCAUCAGAGUGACUUUCAUCAGUCAAUCUGG